AACGACCACAAAAGUUUAACAUCCGAUCUUUUAGCGUGUUCAUCAAUAUGGCUCAAUUUUUAGGAAAAUGGAAAUCAGUAUCUAUGUCCAAUAUGGAAGGUAUAGGAAAAGCUUUAGGCUAUUCAGAUGAAAUGAUUAAAAUGGCAAGUGCAUCCACCUGGACAUUUGAAUUCACCAAAGAUGGAGAUAGGUGGACAGUGUCGAAUGAAUCUAACAACACACCCAAAUCAACAAAUACUUACGAAAAAGAAGGAAAAGAAUUGGUUACAAAAGGCCCAUCUGGAAAAUGUAUGAAGCUUAUCAUCAAAUUUGACUCGGAUACCAAAAUGACUGUAAUGGAAAAAUGGGAACAAGCAACUGGAUGGAAAGAUGUGAAACUCGUACGAACGAUUGAAGGCAAUACAAUGACAGCAGUUUUGGAAGAUUUGGAAAGUGGUGAAAAGAUGACCCAAGUUUUCGAGAGAUGCACAUAGAUUGAGUAAACAAAAUAGUGGAGUGGUAAUAAGCGUCAUAAAUAGAUCCUGUUUGAAUAUUUACUAUUGUAUAUUGUAAUGCUAACUGAAUAUGGUUGUAAUAAAAUGCGAUGUAGAAAAAGCAACAUAGGAAGGACUUCAACGAAUCUCAAGCCACCACAUUUUAAGAAUUUCACAUUUAAAUCUGAUAUUAAAA